AUGCACUCAGCUGCUGCGGUUGCCAUCAGCGCACUGGAAGGGUUACUGACAAAUGUGAUUAUAGAGCAGUUGCUUGCUGUGGGCUUUAAAUGCGACAGCAAGCAAGGCACAAGAAUAAUGCUUACUGAGAUGAGUUUAUCCUAUAAGAUCAUCAAUUUUGCUCCAAGUCUACUGCAAAUCAUAGUAUCAGAUCAAGUUGAAUUUCCAGUGCGUCAAGCAGCUGCCAUUUACCUGAAGAACAUGGUGACACAGUACUGGCCAGACCGUGAACCACCUCCUGGAGAAGCAGUAUUUCCAUUCAACAUUCAUGAAAAUGAUCGUCAGCAGAUCCGUGAUAACAUUGUAGAAGGAAUAAUUCGUUCUCCUGAUUUAGUGAGAGCCCAGCUGACAAUGUGCCUCCGUGCUAUCAUUAAACAUGACUUUCCUGGCCAUUGGACAGCCGUGGUAGACAAGAUAGGCUACUACUUGCAGUCUCAGAACAGUGGGAGUUGGCUUGGGAGCCUCCUGUGCCUGUAUCAGUUGGUGAAGACUUAUGAAUACAAAAAAGCAGAGGAGCGAGAUCCUCUCAUAGCAGCAAUGCAAAUAUUUUUGCCUCGGAUUCAGCAGCAGAUGAUCCAGCUUCUGCCUGAUAACUCCCAUUACUCUGUACUGCUUCAGAAACAAAUCUUAAAAAUCUUCUAUGCUCUUGUUCAGUAUGCAUUGCCACUCCAGUUGGUGAAUAACCAGACUAUGACUCAGUGGAUGGAGAUCUUCCGUACUGUCAUUGAUAGAAAUGUACCUCCGGAGACUUUGCAAAUUGAUGAAGAUGAUAGACCGGAGCUGGUAUGGUGGAAAUGCAAGAAGUGGGCAUUGCAUAUUGUAGCUCGUCUUUUUGAACGGUAUGGAAGCCCUGGGAAUGUAACUAAAGAAUACUUUGAAUUCUCAGACUUUUUUUUAAAAACUUAUGCUGUGGGCAUACAACAGGUUCUCUUAAGAAUCUUAGACCAAUACAGGCAAAAAGACUAUGUUGCGCCACGUGUUCUUCAGCAAACAUUAAAUUAUCUGAACCAAGGUGUUAUUCACUCUGUAACAUGGAAGCAAAUGAAGCCACACAUACAGAGUAUAACAGAAGAAGUGAUAUUCUCUCUAAUGUGCUACAAAGAUGAGGAUGAAGAGCUCUGGCAAGAGGAUCCAUAUGAAUAUAUCCGCAUGAAAUUUGAUGUAUUUGAGGAUUAUGCAUCCCCUACAACAGCAGCACAGAAUCUCCUUUAUACUGCUGCGAAGAAGAGAAAAGAGGUGUUACCAAAAAUGAUGGCUUAUUGCUACCAGAUUCUGACAGAGCCAAACAUUGAUCCAAGGAAAAAAGAUGGAGCUUUGCAUGUUAUAGGAUCCCUAGCAGAUAUUUUACUGAAGAAGAGUGUCUUCAAGGACCAAAUGGAGCUGAUGUUACAGAAUCAUGUGUUUCCAUUGUUCAUGUCUAACCUGGGGUACCUCAGAGCUAGAUCCUGUUGGGUACUUCAUUCAUUCAGUGCUUUGAAAUUUCACAAUGAGCUAAACUUGAGGAAUGCAGUAGAGUUGGCAAAGAAGAGCCUGAUUGAUGAUAAGGAAAUGCCUGUCAAAGUAGAAGCAGCCAUAGCUCUUCAGACGUUAAUAAGCAACCAAGAGCAAGCCAAGGAAUAUGUGAAGCCUUAUGUAAGGCCAGUUAUGCAAGAGCUCUUGCACAUUGUUAGAGAGACAGAAAAUGAUGAUCUUACUAAUGUAAUCCAGAAGAUGAUCUGUGAGUACAGUCACGAAGUAGCUACUAUCGCUGUUGACAUGACUCAACACCUGGCUGAAAUAUUCGGUAAAGUACUUCAGAGUGAGGAAUAUGAGGAAGUAGAGGACAAAACAGUUAUGGCCAUGGGCAUCUUGCACACAAUUGACACUAUCUUGACAGUUGUGGAAGAUCACAAGGAG